AUGAAUCAAAUAAGAUGGUUAUCUGUAUUACAUUCCAAGGAAUACUUUAUACUCAUACUAAGUUUCAUUACUUUUAUUCCUUCAUUUGUAUCAGUAAAUGAAAUACAUGAGUUAAAUAGACAAACGAAUGAUUAUCCAUCGAUUGAGAAAAUAUUCUCCAAAGUUAAAGAAGCUGAACAAAUUAAUUUAUUGAAUAAUGAAAUGAAUAAAGUAGAACCUGAUCAAUUAAUUGUAGCCCCAAUGAGAUUUAGUCGUCUACGACGUUAUUUUAGACAUCAAAAACGUAUGAUGAGAGCACAACUUAGAAUGAUGAGACUUCAAAGAAGAUUGUACCGUCGACAUUAUCGUCCUCGAUAUGGAUAUGGUUAUUUUCCAUAAUCAUAAGGUUGAAACAUUUAAACACCCCCCUUAUCGAUUUUUUAUUGAUUAAAACGAUGAACUUUUUGAGUGUUUAUCAAUCAAAUUGGUGAGUUAUAUUAAUGAACUUCAUUCUAUUACAAAUUUAUUUCUUGUAUGAAAACCGUCAAAGGAAAUUUCACAUCUACAUUACUCUAUGAAAUAUGAUAUGACAACCUUUUUAAUUAUCCCUAUUUAAUUGUUUCUAUGUAUUCAUGAAUUUACUUGAAUAAAUCUUAAUAAGUUGUC